GGAACUGAUAGGCCCCGCCCCUUCAUUCACCGAGCUAGCUGACGGGUCCCACUCCACACCGUUUUGACACUACAUUUAUCCUUAAAAAUAUCUCAACAAGAAGGACAUUAUGUCCGCAAACAACAUGUCAGGCCCACAAAGGGUAAACAAAAUUAUCCGAUACAAGCCCCCCAGCACGGAAGCAAACCCCACCCUGGAAGACCCGACUCCAGACUACAUGAACCUACUCGGCAUGAUCUUCAGCAUGUGUGGCCUGAUGCUGAAGUUAAAGUGGUGUGCGUGGAUAGCAGUGUACUGCUCCUUCAUCAGCUUCGCUAACUCACGCAGCUCAGAAGACACUAAACAGAUGAUGAGCAGCUUCAUGCUGUCCAUCUCAGCCGUGGUGAUGUCAUACCUCCAGAACCCCCAGCCCAUGUCGCCACCGUGGUAACCAAGGACCAAUGGCGGGGGGGCCUUGCAGGAGAGGGGCGGUUCCAGACUGAGAGUGGGAGACGGACUCCUGACUCGCCCACUGACCAUCUGGGAGAGAGAGGGAUGGAUGGA